CAGCCAAUGAGAGCACGCGUUAUCUAUCAAAAAUUUUAUAAAAAAGAGUAGAAAAGCCAGUAUGAUAUACUAUGCCGCUUUCAGUUUCUUUUGUUUUACUAUAAAUUGUCGAUUUGUUAACGUCUUGUUUUCGUUUACAGGAAUCCAAGACCUCCGACAGCACUAAAAUAAAGCUGACAGCUUUGUCGUUGUGUACGUUCCCAUUAUUAUACUUCUUCACCUUCCUGUUCUACACUGAUGCUGGGUCAACUUUCUUUGUCUUAUUGAUGUAUUACUUGAGUCUCACUGAACAACACAUCCCGGCAUCCCUCGCUGGAGUAGUUGCUAUCAUAUUCAGGCAAACCAAUGUUGUAUGGCUGGUCUUUGUUGCCGGGACAACCAGUGUACGACAUUUACAACCGCUAAUGCCGAAACAAACCUCUGGGACACUCUCAGAAAUCCUGUCUUUCGUAAAGGCUUUUCUUGUCAACUUUAUCGUCAUGUUUAAAGUUCUUUUUGGCUAUGGAGCUGUAGCUGUAGGUUUUGCAGUGUUUGUGGUUAUUAACGAUGGUGUUGUCGUCGGCGACAGAAGCAGCCAUACUGCCUGCUUGAACAUACCUCAGUUGUUUUACUUUAUCACUUUCACUGCUGCUUUCUCCUGGCCUUUGCUCAUCGACGGAAUUCCUCAACUUCUCAAGAAUGCACGAAAUAAGAUGUUUUUCUGUGGUUUUGUAUUAACACUGUUCAUAUCAGAACUUGCAGUGUACAAAUUCACCUAUGUUCACAAGUAUCUUCUGGCUGACAAUAGGCACUACCCUUUCUACGUCUGGCGUAAAUUGUUCGCUCGUCAUUGGUCAGUGAGGUAUUUACUGGUGCCAUGCUACCUAGUGAUUGGCUGGUUGAUAAGGCAUAAGCUUUCUCUACAACAAUCAGCAUUAUGGCAGUUAGUCUAUUGGAUCUGUGUAAGUGCAGUUCUAGUGCCUCAGAAAUUGCUCGAAUUUAGAUAUUUCAUUAUGCCAUAUGUAAUGUAUCGUAUUCAUGUUCCAGUAAGCAGUCCGCGUGUGACAUUACUUUUAGAGUUAGUUKUGUAUUUAAUCGUCAAUGUUGUUACGAUUCAUUUGUUUUUAAACAAGCCGUUCAUAAGGGAACAUGAACCCAAUCAGCAACAGCGAUUUAUGUGGUAACAAACCUUCUCUAAAGACUUCUGGAAUAAUUGUCAAAAACUGAGAUGAAUAUAAAAGUCAUUAAUAUUUGGUGAAAUAAGUGAAAUAAUACACUCCUCCUUUUUAUUGCAUGUACUGAAAUAGAUCAGUCGUCGAUUAAUUUACUUUAGCAUACUAAAGUAUUAAAUGUUCGUAUUGAAAUGAAAUGGUUAAAAAUAAAGAAGAAAUGAAAACCA